ACGACGGCGGCGGCGGCGGCGGCGGCCGCACGCGGCGCCCCGGCCCCGGCCCCCUACGCUCCUGACCAUGCCACCUCCCGCGCCCCCCACAGAGUUGGUGCCGUCGGAGCGCGCCGUGGUGCUGCUAUCGUGCGCGCUCUCCGCGCUAGGCUCGGGCCUGCUGGUGGCCACGCACGCCCUGUGGCCCGACCUGCGCAGCCGGGCGCGGCGCCUGCUGCUCUUUCUGUCGCUGGCCGACCUGCUCUCGGCCGCCUCCUACUUCUACGGGGUGCUGCAGGACUUCGAGGGCCCCUCGUGGGACUGCGUGCUGCAGGGCGCGCUCUCCACCUUCGCCAACACCAGCUCCUUCUUCUGGACGGUGGCCAUCGCCCUCUACCUGUAUCUUAGCAUCGUCCGCACCUCGCGCGGCCCCGGAGACGGCCGCCUGCUUUGUGCUUUCCACGUCGUCAGCUGGGGGGUUCCGCUGGUCAUCACCGUGGCGGCUGUCACGCUAAAGAAGAUCGGCUACGACGCCUCGGAUGUGUCCGUGGGCUGGUGCUGGAUCGACCUGGAGGCGGAGGACCACGUGCUGUGGAUGCUGCUGACCGGGAAGGUGUGGGAGAUGCUCGCCUACGUCACGCUGCCCGUGCUCUACCUCCUCAUCCGGAAGCACAUCAACAGAGCGCAUGAGGCUCUCUCCGAGUACCGGCCCCUCGUGUCCCGGGCGCACCAGCUCCGGCGCCGCACCUCCGCGGCCGAUAAGAAGCUGGUCCUCAUCCCGAUCAUCUUCAUCUGCCUCCGGGUCUGGAGCACCGUGCGGUUCGUCCUGACCCUCUGUGGCUCCCCGGCAGUGCAGACGCCGGUGCUCGUGGUUCUGCACGGGAUCGGGAACAGCUUUCAGGGGGGCGCCAACUGCAUCAUGUUCGUCCUCUGCACCCGCACCGUCCGGACCCGGCUCCUCUCUCUCUGCUGCUGCUGCACCUCUCAGCCUUCCGCCCGCCGAGAGCCCGCGGGGCCCCGCAGGGCCUCUGCGCCCUCCAAGACCGGCGAGUCUCAGGGGCCCAGGCGGGCCGCAGAUGAACUUCCAAGCGCCCGAGCUGCUCCCCUCCUAGUUCUGUGCCUGGGUGCUGCCGACCUGGGGCAGGCGGCGCCGAGUCCCCUCUGCAGGGAGCGGGACAUCAGCUGCGCUGUAAGCCUUCGGCUGCCGAAGCUCUUGAGCCCCGUGGGGAGCAGCGCAAACUCAGCUUGUCUACCUCCUCGACCCUCAAGCACGUCCCCCUCACACCGCGUCCUUCUGCACGUGGGGGAAUUCGUCGGCAUGAGGGCUGCACUGAGCUUCAGGGAAACCCGUGGUACCUGAUCACUGCCAGGUUGCCUUGCGGUCCCGGCGUCAUCGGCCUCGUGACCACACAGCACUGUUUACAGCUGGAGGGACCCACACCGGUGGGAAAAGCACACAGAGAUAUAUGUACACUGUGCACCCGUCCUCAAGAAAAUGUCAGGGGGUACCAGCGACGUGGCCCCCACUGAGGUAUCACGGAGCAGAUUCCUGGAUUGUCAGGGCGUUGAGAUUCCCUUGAGAGUCUGGCUUUUCUUGGAUGGCUUUGCAGGUCAACGAAAGGGCCAGUUACCUUUAACCAGGAGGUUCCCCCCCCCCCCCCCCCGGUGACCAGCAUGAGCACAGCCGUACACAGCUGCUCAGGGCAGCUGGUCUCCUGGGGCCUCCCAAAUUCUCUCCACGGGCUGCCAGCCCUUGAUGUAUGGAUUGUGUUUGAGUUUCAAGCAGAGGCCAGGAUCCAGACUCCUGUCUCCCCCAGGCACUUAAAAUUAAAAUGCAGGUCCCUCCUCCAAUGCAAGGGCUGGAACAGGACAGGAAGAGGCCACUGCAGAAGUCCCCGCAGACGCCCCACUGUCACUUGGGUCUGUUCUUGUAAAGACUGAAACGGGUGAGUCGGGGAAGGAUCUGGCUCAUUCACUUCCUAGGUUAAUUUUUUAUAGGAAAGGUGACCAGAGGGUCAGGGAACACCCAAAUACUGAUUCGUCCCUGAAGGUGAAGGUUUGGGGGAUUGGUUGGGGAGAGUGACGCAGGCAUCAUGGGGUGAUUUAAAAGAAAAAGGAUUUAAAAGAAGCAUCCGUAUCUCUAUAACCUAUGACUCUUGCACCAACCCUUUCGUCUUAGGUCAGAAAACAAUUUCUCUGUUCAAUCACAGAAGCCACUGGCUAAGAAUGGGAGGUGUAACUGUCACCGUGCGGGGGCCUUGGGGAAGACAAGUGCAAUUAACCCGAUAGGUGCCCCUGCCUUGGGUCCCAUGAGAACUCUGCAAAACUGAUUUUCUGAACCUGUAAAAGGGUUCUGGAUUAAAACCAAAGCCACACCCUACUGUUGAUUCCUCUUUUACUCUCAAAAGCAAAAUCUGUAACAGGAAGAGACUCUGAAAGGAAUAGUCCUCUACAGAACUAGGUCCAAAACGCUCCUUUUGGGUUCCCUUUUUAAAAGACGGUUUUAUGAGAAUCAGGAAGAGGUGAACAUCCCUUUAGGAUUCAAAGAAAGCUCUGGGCUGCCCUACAGAAAGCUACUUGUCAGUAAGGCGGUCCCCUUACAUGAAUGGCCCACGUGAGGGGAGUCUGGGGUUCCCCCAAAGACCUUACGGCUCAUCACGGGUGCCUAGCUGGUAAAGAGCCUCACAUUAGCUUCUAGAAUGGAGCAGAAAUUCAGGAAGUUGCUUGCUGCAAAAGAGACGAUGACUCACGGCUGAGUUAGAGUAUGGGCCCUGGGGGAAUGAUGCUCGAAUACCUCGUGUUCUGAAGGGGGCCCCAGAGGCCUUGGCUCAGGUGGUGCAACAUCGAUGCCCGCUGGGCAUGGCCUCUAAGGACAGGCCUGAGACCUGGGUUUCCCUAGACCGGCUGCAGCCGGAAAACACCCGCAGAGGGAGUCGGGGCUCAGAGAAGAACAUCUCCGUGUGCCCGGGCCUCCCUCACGUUCUCAUUCCACCUGUGAGAUGCUGCUGCUGAAUAUUUCCAUUUCCCUCCCUCUGCUCCCCACCCCGUCUCUGCAGACGGGUGAACAUGUUACUGCGAGUGGCGGACACGUGCGGGCAGGGGAGGGGCUCGUCCUGGUGCCCGGAGCAUUGCAAACAGCACCAUCAUGAAGCCCAGGAGGGUCUCCUGCCUCGGAUCAGAGCCAGACGAAAGUGCGUUCCUUUUACACGUGGCUGGGCCCCCGUGGGUUCUCUCUCUCGGCCAGUGUAGUUAAUGUUUAUCCACCCUCACCCCCCGGGCACAGCUGUGUGACCUCGGCCUGAACAGGGGCUACAUCUCAGCCCCCAGCCCCUCUCUUCUGAGGCACUUGCUGAACCUUGGUCUUUUCCUCAGGUUUACUAAACACUUUCUGCCUCUUUGUGCUUCGGAGUUGUGUCUGUCUGUUUUUGUUUCUUAAUAAAGAUUAUGAUUUGUCCCGGGGUUAAGGGUGCAGACAGAGCUCUGCCUGUGUCCACAGCAGGAAAAGAACAUUUUUGCAGGCUUCCCGUCUCGGCAUAAUGGCAUCGUGGGAGGUUUUGUGCACAUGCAAAAUUGUAAUGCAAACCCUGACCGUCUGGGUCAAGGCCAAAG